UUACCCAUAUCCGGGUUGGAGGAAAGGAAAAAAGUUUCAUUUAAACCUGGACGACAAACUUCAGCAUGAAGCCUCACUGACCGCGCCAAAGCCGCGGCUGUCAGCAACGCAUUUGACCGCCGAUUUUUACAAGCAUUACAGCGCUAUAACACAGCUUCGUUUUUCCGUUGAAUAUUUUUUUCCUGCUUGUGUUUUUCCUCUGUCUGUAUUUUUUUGUGUGAUAGAGUUCUGUGCGUCGGUCAGUGUCCCUGUCUAAAAUGUUCAAGUGACAAUGGCUGCGCAAGUGGCAUCAGCACCGACAAUAACUAAUAAUAAGAAUAAGAAAUUGUCUGGCAAUUUGGGUCAAGAGAUACAUUCGGGGAAAUCAGGAGGAGGAAAUAUAUCGAGAUCUGGAGAAAUGCUUGGAGCUGUUGAUGGGACUAACACAAUGAAUAAUGUUGAUCACCACCACCGACAUGAGCUCAACAUGGUCAAUUCAACUUAUUCUCCGAAUAACAAUUCUGACACACCGGAGAAGGAGAGUGGAAAUAACGUCACUUCGUCAGAUUCGACGACCUCUCCGGGGGGGAUGGAAACCGGGUUGAUAGAGAACCAUAAACUGAAAAAUGUUGGGAGCGGAGAUCCCCCUCAGCACCUCACACCGCCGCAACAGCAGUCACAAUUUAACCCGUUUCCUCAGCAUCAGCAGCGCCAGAUACAAAGUAACAACAACAACAGCCAAGCUACAAGGGGAGAGAGUGAGAAUCACCAUCACGGAGGGAAGGGGGGUGCUUUGGGUAGCCAGCCAGAGCAGCAGAUGCUGAGUAAAGGUGAGGGGGAUCAUACCUGUAAACCAGGGGAGCGGAUGGGUGCUAGGUAUGAACAUUCCAACUUGGGACCAACGACCAACAACAUCAUCAGCCAGCCCCAGAGCGCGGGAGGAAACGAGUUUAAUAACUACUAUGGCACUUCCAGAGUAGGGCCCUGCUAUGAUCAACAUGGCGGACAACAAAGCACAGGGAUGGGGAUGAUGCACUCUUCGGGACCCAACAACAUGGACCCAGUGCACAACUCCCAAGAAGGGUACCACAACAGCCACUACAACCACUAUUCUGGCUACCGGCAGGGCUACUGUGGCGCGGGCUAUGGCAUGAUGGCCCCGUCCAGACAGGGCAGUAACAUGCUGAUUGGCCCUGGCAGCAACACUCCAGCUGGCCAUGUCAAGGCUGCUAUGGGAGCUGCUGCCUGCGGUUCUGGUGGAAGUGUUGGGGGCUUUCAGAGAUUCCCAGGACAGAGUCAGCAUCCUACCGGGGCCACCCCGACACUAAACCAAUUACUGACGUCUCCAAGUCCAAUGAUGCGAGGUUAUGGAAGUGGCUAUCAAGACUAUAACAGUCCCUCUGCACAACAACAAGAUGGCAUCGGCCUGGGCAAAGACAUGACUUCUCAGUAUGGCUCCACAACCCAUGGCUGGCCAGGGCAACAGAGAAAUCACCCGUCCAUGAGUCCUGGAAACGGAGGGCCAGGUAUCAGCAGACCACAGGUGGCCUCUAAGGACUUCAUGGCUAUGAAGCGCUCCCAGCUCUACGGGAUGGGCAACAACCCCUACUCUCAGCAGCAGCAGGGUGGGCCCUACCCCAACCAGCCAUACGGAUCACCCACUCCACACCGAUACCCAAUGGGGAUGCAGGGGAGGGGCCAGGUGGGCAUUGGCGGGAUGCAGUACCCUCAACAGCAG